AUGUCUUCCAUCAUCUUUAACCCUGCUAUGUUGACAGUGUCUCCCUCCCCCUCCCCCAAACCUGAGGAGCGCCCACUAGAGGGUGGCAACGUGUCCAUCGACGACACCACUCUCGAUGAUGCGGCUCCAAAGGAGCCUGAGGAAUCCGAGUCUGACUGGGUUGAACGUGCUUGGGCCGCCAUGCUUAACACUAUGCGCAUGUGCGUUGAGACUGCUCCUCCCUCCAAGCCAGAGCUAUUGGAGGAACAGGAGUCUUGGCUUCACGACUGGAAUGUCGCAAUGGCUGAUAUGACCGUUGUCUACGAGUGGGCGCGUGCGGCUUCGCUGCAUGUGUCCCUUAACGACACAGAGAAUGUUACAUUGGCCGAGGGCAAAAUUGCUGCGAGGACGCUGACAAGAGCCAUGAAGGCUUGGAAGGAGAAGGCGGAAGAGUCUGCCAUGACUGCAUGCCCAGCAUGCGCUGAGAAGGGGAAGGGGAAGGAGGUCAUUGCCAGCGAGAAGAUAGUGGAGAAGGCGACAGAGAAGUCAGCCGUCCUGCUGAGAGGUGCGAGCAUUGUGCCACGUCCAGCACUAAUUGCCGCUAAGAACAAGGGACGCGCGCCGGCUGUGCCGAAGUGCAAGGCGCCUCCCUCCACGCAAACGACUGCGCCGGACACCGGCAAGUCCGAGGUGGAAAUUGUGGGCGAGGCUACAGCCAAUGAACCCAUUGCCGGUACCUCAAAGGAGACCAUUGUUGUCCAGCGGCCAAAGCAACCGCUUGCCUCUGCUGCUGAACCUGUGGUGAAGCGUCCUCGUUUGGACGCCAAUACUGAGUUGGACGAGGCAUGCGCUGAGUCCGCUCAACUUCGUGCUGAGAACGCCGAGCUCCAUACUCGGAACGACAAGUAUCAGGUCGCUCUGACCGAGAUGUGUCAACACUCCUGGACGCAAGAGUCUGAGUUGCUUCACAUGAGCAACUGGCUGUAUCUUUUGGCGCGCGACUGGGGAACUUGGGAGAAGGAGCUUUGCGAGGUCCUAGAGGAGUAG